GUUUUUGGUUUGAUCGGAGUUUUUUGUGUGUGUUUUUUUGGAGGUUGCUGGGGUUUGUUUAGGUUUUUUUGUUUGUGGAUGGUUGUUUGGAUUGUUUGUUUGGAUUUUAAAAAUAUUAUCCAGGUACCUGAAGCAGAUCAUCAUCUGACUUCUCACUCCACCCCACAGGUGCCAGAGGAGUUCAGAGGGCAGCCUGCAGCCCACUCCCGUUGCAGCCCCUGAAAGGUUUGUAAAAUCUCUCAUCCCUCAGUAGGGACCAGCCCUUGCUUCCUGCCUCUCCUCAGCAAGGAGGAAGAGACAACUUUGAGGACAGAGUUGCCAGUAUUAAGAAUGGUUACAGGACCCCUGCUUUUCCUCCUGCACACGACUGCUGGACCAGUGACUUCAUUCGGAGCCCGCCUGGGGUACCCAUGGCAACACAGGGCUCUACAACACACUUCAAAGAAUGUUCUUGAGGGGAAAUUCAAAAGCCCGCUUGUAUGAACACAUCAAUCAGAGGGGGGCAACUGCCCCCGUGAGGAGCGUGGCCCCCGCGGGCGCGCCGGGCAAGUGCAAUUCCCAUGCCCGGGGCGGCAGACAAAGAGCGGCCCGAGGCGCCCGCCCGGAGCCCGAGAGCGCGGCGACACCGCCGGGGAGGAGCCAGACGCGGCUGCCCCGGGGGCGGGGGGCCAGCCCGGGACUUUAUAAAGAGCCGCGUCCCGCCAGAAGAGCCGGGGCGUGUGUGGAGCAGCGGCGAGCGGUGUCUCUGCAAGAGGUGCGGCUGCGGCAGCGGCAGCGGCAACGGCAACAGCCCGAGAGCGCGGGGCCGUCCGAUGGCUCUGAGCAUGGACAGCAGCCUCGACAGCCUGGAUCUGUCAUCCGGGUUAUUAAUUGAAUUUUCUGAAAAUGGCACAGAUGAGAUUGGUUCGGGUGACUAUGGAGACUACAAAGAGCCAUGCUACCAGCAUGAGAAUGCCGAUUUCAACCGGAUCUUCUUGCCAACAAUCUACUCCAUCAUCUUCCUAACUGGAAUAAUUGGCAAUGGAUUGGUUAUUAUUGUAAUGGGCUACCAGAAGAAGCAAAGAAGCAUGACUGAUAAAUACAGACUGCACCUCUCUGUGGCUGACCUCCUUUUCGUCAUCACCUUGCCAUUCUGGUCUGUGGAUGCAGCCAUAAGCUGGUACUUUGGGAAUGUUCUGUGCAAGGCAGUCCAUGUUAUUUACACAGUCAACCUCUACAGCAGUGUGUUGAUUUUGGCCUUCAUAAGUUUAGACCGCUACCUGGCGAUAGUCCACGCUACCAACAGCCAGCGCCCACGGAAGCUGCUGGCUGAGAAGGUGGUGUAUGUUGGCGUGUGGCUGCCAGCUUUCCUUCUGACUGUGCCUGAUAUAAUCUUUGCCAGUACCAGUGAAGUAGAAGGAAAGUAUCUCUGUGAUCGCAUGUACCCUCAUGAAAACUGGCUGAUCUCUUUCAGAUUCCAGCAUAUCUUGGUAGGACUUGUCUUGCCUGGUCUAAUAAUUCUGACUUGCUACUGUAUUAUCAUCUCCAAGCUGUCACACUCCAAGGGCCACCAGAAGCGCAAAGCCUUGAAGACCACAGUUAUCCUCAUCCUGGCCUUCUUUGCCUGCUGGCUGCCGUAUUAUAUCGGCAUCAGCAUCGACACCUUCAUCUUGCUGGGAGUCAUCAGGCACCGCUGCAGCUUGGACACCAUCGUGCACAAAUGGAUCUCCAUUACGGAAGCCCUGGCAUUCUUCCACUGCUGCCUGAACCCAAUUCUGUAUGCCUUCCUGGGUGCCAAGUUCAAAACAUCAGCUCAAAAUGCCUUGACAUCAGUUAGCAGAGGAUCAAGCCUCAAGAUCCUUUCAAAAGGCAAACGUGCAGGACAUUCUUCUGUUUCCACAGAGUCGGAGUCUUCGAGUUUCCAUUCCAGCUAACGCUGCUCCUUGCCAUCAUUUUAUAAAGAGACACUUUAAAGUUGCGCAAGGUUUCAGACAAAUAAGACUGACCAUAAUGUACAGAUUUAUUUACAGUUGGAAUUUUAUAUUGUUUCUUUUAGUUUCUGUGAAGUUUAAUUGACUUAUUUAUAUAAAAAAACCUUUUGUAUUGAUGACAAACUGUCUAGGCAGGUCCUGUGGACAAGUGGUUGGUUCACAAAAGUUUUAGUGACUGUCUGUUUGUAUAGAUUUGUGAACUAAACACUUUGGAUUGUAGCAAAGUGACUGUUAAAAGCUUAGAAAAUAUUUCUCUGUUGUUUAUAUGUAAAUGUUUUUGGUGUUGCUGUUAUUCUUAAAAGUCUGGAUAUUUUUACCUUAAUAAAAGAUGUUUGGUUUACAAUAGCUUAACUCUGCUGUAGAAAUGGCACUUAUAACCAAAGCCUCCUCUGUUACAUGCUAGGGUUUUUCCCUCUGUUCUCAGUAAUUGAUGGUUUGCAAAAUUUUCUGUUCAAGGUAAAAUAAAAGUAUAUGAAAA